UCCGCCGUCAGGCCCCCGCCAUGUUGUGCUGGUAUUUUGGUUUCGCUUGGCUGGGUGACGGCCGCCCCUGAGAGCGAUCCGGCCGGGUGGGUGGAGCCGGGGCGCCUCCGUCUGGGGAGAGACAGAGGGAGAAGGGAGGAGCGGCGACGACCAUCUUCUGGAUCUGGGCAAUGCAGUUGGGAGGAGGAGGAGUCAGUUAUAUGAGAAGAAUGAACCAAUUUGAGACAGUGAAUCAAGCUGAGAGAGAGAACCACAGAGACAAACUAUCUUCAAAUUUACUCUUUGGAAGUAGUCAUUUGUUUUCAUAAAAGUUUCCAGUCACAGUGGAAAAUGCCUGAUGGGAGACAAGAAUUUUGCUGUGAUUGAAACUUGCAUCAUUGUGAGGCAGAAUACGAAUGGCCCAGGGAAGCCAACAAAUUGAUGUUCAGGUUCUGCAUGACCUGCGGCAAAAGUUCCCUGAAGUACCUGAAUUUGUUGUCUCCCACUGUAUGCUGCAGAACGGUAACAAUUUGGAUGCUUGCUGUAAGUUUUUGUCUCAAGAGAGCACCAAAUACCUUUACGGAGAAGGAGAUCUGAACUUUUUGGAUGAACCUAACAUUUCUGGACUUCACAAUCGCAUGUCUGAACUCAAUUUGGAUGUCCAGUCUCAGAAUGUCUAUCAGCGCUGGAAAGAAGGAAGUCAAUUAAAUGGAAACAAAACUCUAACUCAUAGCAUUAAUGACGGAGUACUCCAGACUGCUGUAAGCAGCUAUGAACCCACAGGAGAGGCACAAGUAACACCAGCUCAAUUGGCCGGAGGCUUCAAUAUGUUUGGAACAAUGGAUAUAAGUAACAGCUCUUCUUCACCCCAGCAACUUGGACUUCUUCAGCCUUUGUCCUCCAAGGGAAUAUCAGGCACAGCCCAACAAAUACCCAGGUUCAACCCUAUUACUGUCACUCUGGCACCUAACAUUCAGACUGGCCAUAAUGUUCCUAAAUCCCUGCACAUACGUGGUGUCCCCCCACCUGUACUUAAUAGCCCUCAAGGUAAUUCUAUCUACAUUAGACCAUAUGUGACAGCACAAAGCAGUACAAGCCGUCAAAUGUCACAGCAGCCUGGUUGGAUGUCUGGGCAACAUACAGGCGCUUCACAAUUCGGCCACAGUCAACAGCAGCCAACCUUCCAGAGUCCACAGCACUCGCAUCAGCAUUCGGAGCAAGUGCCGGGCUUCUGCAGCCCAAUUACUUCACAAUGUGGUUCAUCAUAUACCUCAUCUCAGCAGUCUGCUUAUCCAGGCCAGCAAAGCCAUCAGACGUCUCAUAUGUAUAUGCCUAUCAGUUCCCCUACAAAUUCUCAAGUGCCUCCAUAUCAAUCAUCUAACAAUGUACAACCUUCAAUUUACAGUCAGUACAACAUUCAGAAUAUCUCAACGGGGCCACGGAAAAACCAAAUUGAAAUCAAACUUGAAUCACCACAGAGAAACAACUCAACAAUGCGUUCCUCCAGCUCUCGCACAGCACCUUUACCUUCCAUCAGCACCCACCCUGUAGGCAGGGGUCAGCCCAAAGUCUACAUUUCUGCCAGUCCUCCUUCCUGCGAGGAAAUGGUCGGGCGCAACCAGCCGAAGCUCUAUAUCUCGGCAAAUUCAGCUGCUGAUGAAACAGGCCUGCGAAAUCCGCCUACUGUGUACAUAUCGGCAAACCCAGGGUCGUCAUCCUCCUCCCGAAGUGGUGCAGGACAAGUCAGUGUGGGUUCACAGCAGGCCUCUUUCAUUCAGCCUGCCUACAUCCGGCAUCAUCCACCCAAAAGUCGGAGUGCAGGCAAUUGCAAUGCUGCCACUUCUCCUCGAGUUGUGGUCACCCAACCCAAUACCAAGUACACUUUUAAGAUCACAGUUUCUCCUAACAAGCCUCCUGCUAUUUCCCCUGGGGUUGCAUCCCCAACAUUUGAACCUUCCAACCUCUUAAGCCUCCCUGAUCAUCAGCCUGAACCUGUCCAACAUUUGCAGCUAGGAGCUGAUCCUACUUCAACUCUCGAUGAUCGGAUUAACGAAGCACGGAGAAUGAGUGCGGGAUCUGAUGAUGCUGCCUAUACAGAAGCUUUAUUAGUGCAUCAGAAGGCCAGAAUGGAUCGAUUGCAUCGAGAACUUGAGCUGGAGAAGAAAAAGUUGGACAAACUGAAAAGUGAAGUUAAUGAGAUGGAAAGUGACCUUACUCAACGGCGGAUGAAAAGAUCAAAUUCAGCUUCCCAGAUCCCAUCGUUAGAGGAAAUGCAGCAGUUGCGUAGCAGCAACCGGCAGCUACAGAUUGAUAUAGACUGCAUAACCAAAGAGAUUGACCUAUUUCAAGCUAAAGGACCACACUUUAACCCCAGUGCUAUCCACAAUUUUUAUGACAAUAUGGGAUUUCGAGGUCCUGUGCCACCAAAACCAAAAGAGCAGAAAUCUGCAGUUAAACCGUCAAAGCCAGUGCCAGAUCAAGAGGAGGAUGAAGGUGCUCAAUGGAACUGUAGCACAUGUACCUUCCUCAAUCAUCCGGCCCUGAUUCGCUGUGAACAGUGCGAGAUGCCCAAGCAUUUCUGAGCCAUAAUGCUCCCAAUGAAAGGAGGAAUGCCCCAAGAAAUAAGCAAAUUGUUUACAAAGACUGCAGUGACUCAGCAGAUGCUAUGCUGGAAAGAAUUUUGAUCUGGACCAGGUGGUCUCAAAUGGUUGUUGUUGUUUCAGCACAGUGUUUUUUUGAGAUUAAACACACAAGCUUUUAGAAUCUGCAGGCAAAUGCUGGAGCCUGAGCUGGUGUUGGAUUUGUCUGUUCCAGAAGUAUUGUUACCAGCUGAGAAGGAUUUCGUGAAGCCACAUUUACAUGAACCUCUGUGGGUCUUACUGCCUUUUGUUCUCUUUCCCUCACUUUCCAUCCCAGGAUACAUUUUAAUGAGAAGUUAUGCAAGUUUUUAGAACUGCAGGUGAGAAUGAGGGGGAAGGGCGAAGUAUGACAAAAAUGAAAGGAACAAAAUCUUCUGAAGGAAGGGCAGAGGGUGAUUGAAUGCCAGCCCUGAAGAAGUGCCUGUAGAUUGGGUUGAUAGAAUGUGUGCAUCACUAAUGAACCUUACCACUCAGUUCAUCUUUCUGCUCUGCAAAAUUUUUUAAGAUUCAGCGUUGGAAUGGAAAAAAACUAAAGAACCAUGUUACAUAUACUGAACACUCUCCUACAAUGCACACAAUCUACUCUUCAAGCUUCCUGUACUGAGCCCUACAAAUUGAAGAUUCCCUUUGACUUCUUCCUGUGUGCUCAGUUAAUUUAGGUCAGCAGAAACACGAUAGGUACAAGAGAUGGCCAGGAAAAUGUCAGCAAGAAUUGCUGCUAGUUCCUUUCUGUUGACUCCCAAUCUUCUCCCUUGGCCAUCAACACCCACGUUCUUUCCCUUUUUGCUGAAAAGAGAUUAUAUUUUUUCAUCUGGUGAGUGCAAAUUUGAAUUGGGUUAUAAUGUUCCCAUAGUUCAAUGGCCUUCUUGCACUCUCCAUCUUAAAUUCACUCGUGAAGAAUGGUAAUUGUAUGGGUGCCAUUACUUUAGUGAAAAAUAAGUAAAACUUGGGAAGUGUAACGUCUUUCUUCCUCUACUCCUGAGUUUCCUGUAUUACCUGUAUGUAUCAUGCUUUAGACUUUGGUAGCUAACUUUAUUGAGCGUUUUUUUAGCAAAAUCUUUCUCAAUUGACAUGAUACCUAUGGGAAGUGAAGCCUUAAUUUAACUUAAAGCUAUGUAUAAAUCAGCUCUCAGUGGCCUUUCUGUACAGCAUUUCUAUAAAUUAUGCUCUUGAACAGACCUGUGAAUGCAGUUCAUAAGACAGUGUGACAAUCGUGUGAAAAUGCACAAUUUAUUAUUUGAGACUUGAUUUUAUUUUUAAAAUAUAUUUGUAGGUUUCCUGAUUCUGUAAUUAUACAGUGCUUCAUCGCACCCAUUGAAAUGCUGAAGAUGAAUUUCAAAUCAACAGCUGAGGUUUUUAAAUAGACCAGUUACACUCAGCUGCUGUACUAUGGUUCUGUGUAGUCUGUAUGUAAUUUGAAUUUGCAGAUUCAAUUCAUCUUCUAAUUCAAUUUUUUCAAACCAUCUGUUAUUUAUAUUGCUCAAAUUGACCUUGUUGGAUAAUUGAACAUGUUCAGUGGAAAAAAAGGACUGAAUUAAGAGUAGUGUGUAUAUAAAUACAAUUAUAUUGUUACAUAGUGAUUCUGAGCUUCAUCUGCAGGUCUAAAUAAAAUUUGACUGGUUUUACGUUUUAUUAAUAAAACAUAAUGGGAUAUCUUAA